AUGCCUGAAAUCAGUAUCAUCGAGUUGCAUGGAUUUUGCGAUGCCUCCGAAAAGGCAUAUGGUGCGUGCAUCUAUAUGCGAUCUGUUUCCGCCAAUGGAGAUGUUCGACUUCUCACGUCGAAAUCGAAAGUCGCCCCUCUCGGCGAUAGUAAAAAAGAUAAAAGAAUUUGCUUGCCUCGCUUAGAACUAUCUUCUGCACUACUUCUCAGUCACCUUUAUCAGAAGGUUAAGGAUAGUUUGAAAUUGAACAUAAAGAGCUUCUUUCGGUCUGACUCCAUGAUAGUCCUACAUUGGCUAUCAGCAAACCCUUCCCGGUGGAAGACCUUUGUUGCCAAUCGUGUCUCCGAAAUCCAGCACAUUACGAAGCAAGGCGUUUGGUCCCAUGUUCCUGGAAUUGACAUUAUUUCCCGCGGCAUGCUGCCCAGUCAAUUGAAGGAAACUACUGCAUGGUGGGAAGGACCAGUCUGGCUCAGUCAAACUGAACGAUUUAGACCUCCUCUUGUUCGAACAAACGGGGAAAGUUUCGCAGCAAAUCUUCUGGAAGAAAAAUCAAUAUUUCUUGCAGUACAAUCGCAGAAACCGAAUUACAUCUUCAAUCUACGAUCAUCUUUCUAUGAUCUGAUUCGUCUUGUGGCAAUUUUAUUGCGAUUCUAUCAUAAUUGCAUGCCAAAAAACCGUUCAAUUCGGCGAACCAAUCUGCAAAUCACCGAACUUAACGAAGCCUUAAAUGUGCUUGUUCGAAUUGCUCAGAUGGAAUCAUUUAAUGGCGAGAUUCGAAGUCUAUCUGCUAGUGGACAAGUAAAGUCAAACUCUAAAUUGAAGUCUCUGACACCAAUCUUUCAAGAUAAGAUCUUACGAGUUGGAGGUCGACUCAAACACGCUCUUGUUCCUGACGACCGAAAACAUCCUAUUAUUCUGUCACCUGAGCAUCCGCUUACAGAGAUAAUUAUGGUCCAUUACCACGAGAAGCUAUCGCAUGCUGGCCCUCAACUUUUGAUCGCAGCAGUACCAGAAAAGUUCUGGCCUUUACGAGCACGUAACUUGGCUCGAAAGAUAGUGCACCGAUGUGUGAAAUGUUUUCGCUGCAAGCCGACAAUCCUCGAGCAACUGAUGGGCGAUUUACCUGCCGAACGAGUGACUGCAAGUUUUCCGUUUUCGAGAACUGGUAUUGACCUUUGUGGACCAUUGUUCUAUCGAAUCUGCGGAAGAAAAUCGGUCCCAACCAAUAGCUAUGUUUCGAUUUUUGUGUGUCUGGUGACAAAGGCAGUACAUUUGGAGUUGGUGGCAGAUCUUUCUACCAACGCAUUUUUAUCAGCUUUAAAGCGAUUUGUAGCACGUCGUGGCAAACCAACUGUAAUCGAAUGCGAUAAUGCGAAAAACUUCGUUGGAGCAUCGCGCGAAUUAUCCGAUCUCUACAAGUUAUACAACUCCCAACAGCACCAGCACAUUGUACUUUCGCAAUGCAGCCAAGAAAAUAUACAAUUUAAAUUCAUCCCACCGCGUUCACCAAACUUUGGGGGGCUCUGGGAAGCGGCCGUGAAAUCAUUCAAAAAACAUUUAAAGGCUUCGAUCGGUACAUCUGUGCUGUAUAAAGACGACUUAGAGACACUUAUUACACAAAUUGAAAGCUGCUUAAACUCAAGGCCGCUAACCCCUCUUUCAUCGGAUCCGGACGACUUAGACAUACUUACACCAGGGCAUUUUCUUAUUCAUCGUCCACUUACUGCAAUUGCGGAGCCCUCCUAUGAAGAUAUUCCGACAAACCGACUUGAUCGAUACCAGCAGAAUCAGGAAAUUCUUCGGCGUAUCUGGAAACGUUGGAGCACCGAUUAUCUAUCGGGGUUGCUUCCACGUACAAAAUGGACCCAUCAACGGGAUAAUCUAUCUAUCGGAACGAUGGUGCUUGUGAAGGAGGACAAUCUUCCUCCUCUAAGCUGGUGGUACGGCCGAAUCACCCAAAUUCAUCGCAGUGAAGAUGACAAUGUACGAGUGGUUACAGUCAAAACCAAAGAAGGUGAAUUUCGGCGCGCAAUAUCCAACAUCUGCGUGCUACCCGUUAGACAACCCAGACAACCCGAGACUAUUGCAUGUGAUGAUCUACCGUCCAAUACGUAA